AUGCAGAGUAUGUUUCAGCAUGAGGCAUUCUCCUCAUGUUUCACAUAAAUGCAUCCUGUUCUCAUGAGAGGAUGAGCAGUACAUUUGCACUGGCUCAUUCAAAUUGAAUGUGGGUAAAAGGAGAGUCUUGAACAAACAGAGAACAGUCUGGCAUUUUUAAGACAGGAGAAAGGUUAAGCUGUCUGCUGCUCACACGGCUGUUUAUUGGAUGUUUAUUUGCUGGCUCUGGUGUGCACUGAAGGUAGAUUUCAAAGCGUCAUUGAUACAGUUACAGAUUUGAUGAAAAGUAUAGCUCAAAUGCAAUUUUACCAGGAGUGUCUGUAUAGAUAUGUAUUUGCAAUAAAGUUCAGAUCUGUCUGUGGCUUCACCUGUUGUCACUCUCCCUCCUGUGGAUAAUGGAAUUUUGUUGGAAAGCCAAGGAUCCUCUGGAAACAUAGCCUGUGAUGUAUUUUUCUUUUGUACUCUUUUUAAUUUUUUAAAGUCCUGCAAUUUUUAACUUCAGUCUUCCUUGGACAAGAAGAACCAAUGGAAGGAAAGAUCUUCAUUGUCUGGUUUAUUGCAAUUAUUGACACAAACGGAGGAAGGUUCUAACUCUCCUUGUAGAGACAUGGUUUGUAGGAUAAAGAAGCUGUGUAGAGCAAUGAACCUGAACUUGACCAGUUCAUUUAUACUGCAUUGAGUGAUUACAUGGAGUGGAGUCAGGUGCCUCUUUUGGGAAAGUGCCGGCAUCAUCUUGCAUCUUUACAGGAUGUCUCAGAAAGGACCCUUCAUUGAACCCAAUAAUUAAAAGCCACAGAACCAAGGCUUCAGGCUGGCCACCUCCCUCAGGAACCUGGAGUUUGAACCAGGUGCCAACUUAUGGAUGGGAGAUGACGGCAAACAGAGAUGGAAGAGAUUACUUCAUCGAUCACAUGACACAAGGGGUCCCAUUUGAAGACCCUAGAUUUGAGAGCUGCCAAAUCAUCCCUCCUGCUCCUCGACAAGUUGAGAUGAGGAGGGACCCUGUGCUGGGAUUUGGAUUUGUGGCAGGGAGUGAGAAGCCAGUGGUUGUCCGCUCAGUAACACCAGGUGGCCCCUCAGAAGGAAAACUUAUCCCAGGAGAUCAGAUCGUAAUGAUUAAUGAUGAGCCGGUCAGCACCGCUCCGAGGGAAAGAGUCAUUGACCUUGUCAGAAACUGCAAAGAAUCGAUCCUCCUCACUGUCAUUCAACCUUACCCUUCUCCCAAGUCAGCAUUUAUUAGUGCUGCAAAAAAGGCAAGGUUGAAGUCCAAUCCUGUUAAAGUACGUUUCUCAGAGGAGGUCAUCAUCAAUGGCCAGGUUUCGGAAACAGUAAAGGACAAUUCACUUCUUUUCAUGCCAAAUGUUCUGAAGGUCUACUUGGAAAAUGGGCAAACCAAGUCAUUCCGUUUUGACUGCAGUACUUCAAUAAAGGAUGUCAUCUUAACUCUUCAAGAAAAACUUUCUAUCAAGUGUAUUGAACACUUUUCCCUGAUGCUGGAACAGAGGACAGAAGGAGCUAUAACCAGACUUCUCUUGCUACAUGAACAGGAGACUCUUACUCAGGUGACACAGAGACCCAGCUCCCAUAAGAUGAGAUGUCUUUUCCGAAUUAGUUUUGUCCCAAAGGAUCCCAUUGACCUUUUGAGAAGAGAUCCAGUUGCUUUCGAGUAUCUAUAUGUGCAGAGCUGUAACGAUGUGGUACAGGAAAGAUUUGGGCCAGAGCUGAAAUAUGACAUCGCCCUGCGUCUGGCAGCAUUACAGAUGUACAUUGCCACCGUCACCACCAAGCAAACCCAAAAGAUUUCCCUCAAAUACAUUGAAAAAGAAUGGGGAUUAGAGACUUUUCUUCCAUCUGCUGUGCUGCAAAGCAUGAAAGAAAAGAACAUAAAGAAAGCACUUUCCCACCUUGUCAAAGCAAAUCAAAACCUAGUACCGCCGGGGAAAAAGCUGUCGGCUUUGCAAGCCAAGGUCCAUUAUCUCAAGUUCCUCAGUGAUCUUCGAUUAUACGGGGGACGCGUGUUCAAGGCAACAUUAGUGCAGGCAGAAAAGCGCUCAGAAGUGACUUUGCUAGUUGGACCCAGGUAUGGAAUAAGUCAUGUGAUAAACACCAAAACCAACUUGGUGGCUCUUUUGGCUGAUUUCAGCCACGUCAACAGGAUUGAGAUGUUUACAGAAGAUGAAGGCUCUAUUCGGGUGGAACUCCAUGUGCUGGAUGUGAAACCUAUUAUUUUGCUAAUGGAACCAUCAGAUGCCAUGAACCUUGCCUGUUUAACAGCUGGUUAUUAUAGGCUACUAGUAGAUUCCAGACGGUCAAUAUUUAACAUGGCCAACAAGAAGAAUACAGGAAACAGAGAAACAGGUCAUGAAACUAAAGGAAAGCAGAACCUCCUGAGCUCUGACUGGAACUGUGUACCGCAAAUGACCACUUUCAUUGCCGAUGGGGAACAAGAGCCACAAAUAACAUACAUAGACUCCAAACAUAAAAACGUCGAUAUUGCCGAUGAUACCUUAUGUCCAAAAGACCACAGGCAUCUGUACAUAGAAAAUACCUAUAAUUCAGAUGACCUCGAUCACCACCUGACCAAACAAGGUGACUCCACCUGUGAAGUGGAAAGCAGAGGCCUUGGUCAGCCAUCACUGCUGUCCUUUUCGGGCCUCGAGACAAGUAAAAAAGCCCAGGAUUCUCCCAGGAAUGCUAAAGUAUCCUUUAUUUUUGGAGAGCUUGCCUUGGAUGAUAUUAACCCCAAAAACCUUGGUUAUGAAAGACUAUUAGAUGAGAGUCCAGAAAUGCUAGAAAAACAAAGAGCCCUUUACAUGAGCAACGCCAAUGAUAUUAAAGGCUUGGAUUUCUCUCCAGAUGCUGAAAGCAUACAGUUUGUGACAAACUCUGUUUACGCAAACAUCAGCGACACGAAGAACUUUGAAGCGGCCCAAGGCAUUGAAGAGCCUUUGCUGCAUGAGAUCUGUUAUGCGGAAAACACAGAUGAUGCUGAGGAUGAAGAUGAAGUGAGCUGUGAGGAAGAUCUCGUGGUCGGAGAAAUAAAUCAGCCCGCCAUUCUCAACCUGUCUGGGUCCAGUGAUGACAUCAUCGACCUCACCUCCCUUCCUCCUCCUGAGGGGGAUGACAAUGAGGAUGACUUCUUGUUACACUCCCUGAACAUGGCCAUUGCUGCUCCUCCACCUGGCUUCAGGGACAGCUCCGAUGAAGAGGACUCCCAGCACCAAACGAGCCAGUUUAGGGAGGACAAGGAACAGGCCGGCAGCCUGCAAAAUGAUGAAAUUCCUGUGUCCCUCAUUGAUGCCGUCCCUACCGACUCUGAAGGAAAGUGUGAAAAGGGGCUAGAUGAUGCUGUAGUCACCACCCUGCAGGCCUUAGAGGCUUUAGCAGCAUCAGAGGAACAGCAGACAAAUGACAAUUCAGGUGUAGCAAUCUUGCGAGCUUAUAGCCCUGAGUCUUCCUCAGAUUCAGGUAAUGAAACUAAUUCUUCGGAAAUGACAGAGAGUUCUGAACUGGCCACAGCACAGAAGCAGUCAGAAAACUCCACCCGAAUGUUCUUGGCCACUAGUGAAGGCUACCAUCCCCUUGUAGAAGAACAAACGGAAUUCCCCAUCUCCAAAACCCCCUCAGGAGGCUUGCCCAUGAAGUCCUCCCAGGCCCUGGCUGCUCGAUCAGCAGCCGAGCUACAAUCCAAAGUCGUGCCUUCGAAGCAGAUUCUUCCCUCCGAUAACAUGGAGAUGGAACCGGAAACCAUGGAGACCAAGUCGGUCACAGACUAUUUCAGCAAAUUGCACAUGGGGUCGGUGGUGUAUUCUUGUACCAGCAAAAGGAAAGGCAAGCUGGCUGAUGGGGAAGGAAAAAUAGCCCCUGAAGGGGCAGUGACAGGAAAAAAGCAGCAGGGACUUAAAAAAGCAGAGAUGGAGGAAAAUGCCAAAGGGAAAUUUGGUACGCUGGCAUCACGAGACAGUCCACGACUAAGCACUUUUAACCUGGAGAGGACUGCCUUUCGUAAGGACAGCCAAAGAUGGUAUGCGGCUGCUGAUGGUGGAGCAGCUGAAAAAUCUGGACCAGAGGUGGGGACUGGGAAGGCCUUUCAAAGAGUGUCUGGCCUUGGGACGAUGGAAACGGAGUGUAAGGAUGAAGGCAAUCCUGAGGGAGAUAAUAGUGCUGCUCCUGGACUUGGCCAAGCUGAAAGUUUUCUGCCUGACAUGACUUGUGUGUCCUCAGCCAAAGACGUCAACCAUCAUGAGGAUGUCGAUCUGUCUGCUGAUGACCAUCCUUCCAAGCUUCCUGAAGCUGAGCAGGGUGUGGCUCGCCUUUGUGACUAUCACUUGGCCAAGCGGAUGUCAUCUUUGCAAAGUGAAGGACAUUUUUCUCUGCAAAGCUCCCAGUGCUCUUCGGUGGAUGCUGGGUGUAGCACAGGGAGCAGUAGUACCUGCCCUACACCUGUGGAAUCUCCCCUCUGCACCUCGGAUGGGAAGCACAUUAUCUCUGAUGCCUCAGGGAAGGGUAUGAGUUACAUUCCGGCAGAUGAGAGACCUGCUGGGCUUCCCAAUCCCGGGGCUACUUUUAAGGAACUGCACCAACAGACUGAUCCUAUGUGUCACCGGAUGACAGUGCCUGUUAUGCAUACAGCUGUUAAUGCUGAGCCAUUGUUUGGCACUUUGAGAGAUGGAUGUCAUCGGCUCCCCAAGAUUAAAGAAACCACAGCUUUCACAGAGCCUGGGAAGGGAAGACGAGGAGGCAUGUCUUCAGCUUUUUCUCAACAUCCUAAAGCUGAUUCCAUCAUGCUAUCAUCCAACAUUCACUCUGAAUCAAAGGUGCCAAGUCCAAAUCAAGACCCUAAUGAUUUUCCCAAAGCGAACCAGGCCUACGGAGUGGCGAUGAGUUUGUGGCCAUGUGAGCUGAGGGGAGGUAGCCUCCGAACGCCACAGAACAGAAGGGUUCUGAGACGUAGCAGCAGUGUCAUUUCGGGAUCCCCGGGCGUGGACACCUAUCUGGAGAGGAAGAAGGCUGCCGCCGCCAGCUUGAAAUGUUCUGGUAUCCCAGAAGCAGCUGAGUCCAAAUCGGAAAAAAGGGUUGAAAUUCCCCUAGGCAAAAAGUUAACCAAAAGUUACUCACAAAAUUCCAUGAACUUAGGCCCUGAAGGGAAAGAGAAGAGGAAAUCUUCAGGGACCCACAAGGACUCCAAGCUCUAUAGAACUUUACCUUUGCGGAAGCUGGAGGCCAGCAACUGGAGAUGCCGGGGGCCCUUUAGUCAUUGCUUCCUGAACAGAGGGCAAGAGGAGGAUGGGGAUGAGGAGGAAGAAAACAGCGAGGCUCGUCGCCGAGUCUCCUGCCUCUAUCAACCUGAAAUGUCCCGUGAACUACCAGAAGCAGCCAGCCCGCCCUUCCCUGCUGAAAUCCAGAAGAAGGCGAUGGUGGUGGGGGAGAUCUCCAAAGUUCUCCCGGGCGGUGCGCAAGCCCCCGGCAGUCCGACCUCGGACUUGAACUUGAACCCCUGCGAGCUGGCUUUCGAGGGGCGCAUUGCCAGGAUCAACACCCUGAAAGAGAGCAAGUACGCGAUGCCCAGCGGAUUCAUCGCUGCCCAAAACGAUGCCAACGAGCUGCUCUGCCUGGUCCGGUCCUGUGCCGGGAAGAGAGAGGAAUCGUCGCCCCGGGCAACCAAGCACGACCUGAAGCUCUCCCAGUACAAGCAGCUGUUAGCCAUAGAGUCCAGACAUCUGGGAAGUGCCUGCAGGAAAAUGGCUGUGGCCGACAAGAGCCCCGAGGAGAUGCUGGCGGCCGUGACCUCCAGCUUCCAAGUGCUCUGCUGCCUGACCGAGGCCUGCCUCCGGCUGGUCAAGGUCGUGAGCUCCGAGGCACAGCGGCAGGAGAUCGUGGACAAGAUCGACGAGGUGGUCAUCAAUUACAUCUGCCUCCUGAGGGCCGCCGAGGUAGCCACCGGGAAGACGUCCGGGGACCCCAGCUUGCGACUCUUGGCCCGACACUCAACCACCAUGGCCGCCAUUGUAAGCACACUAACACGAUCUCUGAAGAUGCUUUUAAAUAAAUAAGUCGGAAGAAAAGGUGUGAAAGUCACUUCAUGAGCGACCUUUGCAAAGCCAUACAUAAACUUUUAUUUACUCUCUCUGUACUGACUAUGAACAAACAAGAUGUUCUCUCUCCUCUCCUCUGUAUAUUUUGUUAUUUUAUAUAAAAAUAGGUAUGAAAAUCAAAAGUCACAUUACUGAAUAGCGAACAAGUUACUAAUCAGAUGUAUUCUGUUUGUAGAUUUCUCUCUAUAUAUAUGUAAAAGAAGUAUAUGAAGAGGGUGGUGACUUCGGCUAUUUUUCAUAUAGUCUAAACAGGUCUAGGAUGUGAAAUUUUAAAUACUGCAGUGUCAGAAGAAGAAAAAAAAUGUACCUUCCCCCACCCCUUCUAAGUUUAUCCUUGGGAGCCACAACAUUCAUAUUUAGAAGCAAGAAAUUGAAUCAUAAUGUAUAUAAAACAGCAGUUAAUGUUUUAAAAUUAUAAUUUUUAAGCAUUGGAAAUAACAAAAAAAGACAUUUAAAAACCCAAAAAGCUAUUAUAAAUUAUUAGAAAAUAUAUAUAAUAAAUUGAUUUUUGUUCAUAUUGCCUGGUUACUUGUGUAUUUUCUAAGCACUAAGGUUUCUCGGGAAAGGAUAUUUUAUUUUUUUGUGUGGGGCAAAAAGGGUUAAGUGACUUGCCCAGGGUCACAUAGCUAGUAAGUGUCAAGUGUCUGAGGCCACAUUUGAACUCAGGUUGUCCUGAAUCUAGGGCCAAUGCUUUAUCCACUAAGCCACCUAGCUGCCCCUGGGAAAGGAUGUUAUUGAUGUCUUCCAGUCUUUCUAAUAGAAAACUCCAUGGGGUAACGAUGGCCAGAUGAAUAGGAACUGGGUGUAAUUUCUCAAAUAUUAAUUGGAAAGGGAAGGAAAAAGGAUGGGAAGAAGGAAAAAAUUGUUUCUACUCUGUUAAUUCAUUUUUCUCAUGCUGUUUACAAAUGGCAUCUCAGAAGUGAAGACAGGUAGAUUAUUGGAUAAUCUAUGGAAGCUGCCCCUAAUUCUAAACAUGGAUUUUGAGAUGAUCUGAUUGUAGAGAACAAGAGGACCAACUUUACAAAAAUUGAAUUAUUUGACUGGGGGGAAAAGGUCUACUUGUACAAAAUGUCAAAACAUAUGCCUUAAAAACUUAGUUGUUUUGUUUCCACCUCAAUUGGUGUGCUUUUUCUUAGAGAGAAACACUUCCAGAGAUAGCAAAAAGCAUGAGUAGAAAUCAAUUAGUGAUUAUUAAGAGUAAAUGCAGGGACAUCUAGGUGGUACAGUGGUUAGAGCACCAACCCUGGAGUCAGGAGGACCUGAGUUCAAAUUUAGCUUCAGAUACUUGACACUUAUU